UCUCACUCUCUCACUCUCCUCGCUGUCGCUCUCCUCCAGCCUGUCUUUUUUUCCUCUUCCCCCGUCCAAUUUCUCACUUCUUUUUUUCUCUAUUUAUUCGCUUCGUCGUCUUCUUUUUUUGUAAUACUAUUUGUCUUGGGGUUUUAUUCGAGUCCCUCCCUUUCAUACCCGUCCGAUCCUUGUUCAAUUCGAUCGCCGAGGUUCUUCUACUCUCGAACCUCGUUUCGCCCAUUCCGCUCCGCUCGUGAGAACAGCGACUACUCGAUCGUCAAGAACAAUCAACAGAAAAUUUGGACGACACAAUCAUGGCUCGUGUACGGAGAAGGUCCAGUAACCUGGGGGCGGAUAUUCGGGGAGACACCACCGCUCCCGCCAUGUCCACCAUGAACGAAGUCAGCCCCAUUGAAUCCGAAGCGCCUAAAUGGGACAAGGCCUUGCAGAAUCAAUCCGCCGAGAAACUUUCCAAGCCGCAUACGAAGCGCCGCAAGAAGUCCCCGCUCCGUCGCUUCAAGGAUGCGUGUCUCAAGCAUACUUGGCUUCUGCCUCUCCUCAUGCUCGUCGUUCUUCUGUCGCUCUACGCCAUCAACCCGACCGAGUCCAAUCCCAUGCAUAGCGCCAUCUUCUUGUCUUAUCCUCUGCCUCCGAAGGUCCCCGGUGGUCCGAUCAUGUAUGGAAAGGGUCCCAAGGAUAUUACCUUUGUUUCGUUCUACACGAUUGUUCUGUCAUUUACUCGGGAAUUCCUGAUGCAGCGCCUGAUCCGGCCUUUCGCCGUAUACUGUGGGAUUCGGGGCCGGGGUAAGACUGCUCGUUUCAUGGAGCAAGUCUACACUGCGAUCUACUUUGGCAUCUUCGGUCCAUUUGGUCUGUACGUCAUGAGCCGGUCGGAUAUCUGGUAUUUCAACACUACGGCCAUGUUCGAAGGGUUCCCCCACCGGGAGCAUGAAGGGUUGUUCAAGGCAUUCUAUCUGCUUGAGGCUAGUUACUGGGCCCAGCAGGCGAUUGUCCUGAUGCUGCAGCUGGAGAAGCCGCGCAAGGAUUUCAAGGAGCUGGUGGGACACCACAUCAUCACUCUGGCUUUGAUCGGAUUGAGUUAUCGCUUCCACUUCACUUACAUGGGUAUCGCCGUCUACAUUACGCACGACAUCUCGGACUUCUUCCUUGCUACCUCCAAGACCUUGAAUUACCUCGACCACAUCAUCACUGUCCCUUACUUUGGUAUGUUUGUGGGGAUGUGGAUCUACCUUCGCCAUUAUCUGAACCUCAAGAUCCUCUGGGCUGUGUUGACCGAGUUCCGCACGGUUGGACCGUUCGAGCUGAACUGGGAGACUCAACAGUACAAGUGCUGGAUCAGUCAGUACAUUACUUUUGCCUUGUUGGCUAGUCUGCAAGCCGUGAACCUCUUCUGGCUUUUCCUGAUCCUGCGCAUCCUGAAGAACUACAUCUUCACCAACGUCAAGAAGGACGAGAGAAGCGAAGACGAAGACUCGGAGGAGGAGGAAGUCCCUGUGCCGGACACGAACACCCACGCCACCCUUGCUACCGGCGUUGAGGGAACCAAUGUGACUGCACGUGGCAAGGAGAACCAGACUCCGCAGGUGCUGAUCAACGGCAAGCCCGUCAACUCCAAGAACUGAACUAUCAUUUCAGGAGUAUCUCCAUUCCUGUGGAGAUUUAUGUAUCUCCCAAUCCACAAUCCACUACUCACGUGGACUGUAUGAAUUUUCUCAUCAUGGGGUUUGUUUAUAUUGUAUGAACGGGAACAUUUACGACAGCUUUGUUUGGACCUUGUUCAAGACAGAAUUUUAACAUCUUCUUUCCCCUUUAUUACGGAGUAUUUAUUUUAUUACAUUUUUUGUCCGGUGCUCAUGUCUACUCGGCAUCUUAUGUAUUCAUUUCCAUCAUCCUUGUUGUUUUAUUUUUGCCCUUUUCUAUUUUAGUCAUUCAUAUGAAAGCAUCAUGCCCAAGGCUGCAGCAUAGCCAGGAGUGAGACGGGUCAGGAUGGACAUUAUAAAGUUAACGAGUGUUUCUC